AAACCGAGUGAAGGGUACGAUUUUCUUGAGGAAAUAUUUUUAUUUUUUUUAUGUUGCCCAUUUUUCAUCGUCAGUAGUUUGACCUAAUUUUCCCUCAAAACAUUUUCUCGGGAAAAUUCGAGAAAAUAGCAAAUUCGGGGCAAUAAUGUUUUGAUCCGAGAAAGGCGAUGAGCGGUACCGAAUCUCCGAGCGCUGUUCGAAAAGUGGUUGUUCAUCUGAGAGCCACAGGCGAUGCUCCUAUACUCAAGCAAGCCAAGUUCAAGAUACCUGGAACUGACAAAUUUGCAAAGGUUAUUGAUUUUCUAAGGCGACAACUUCACCGAGAUACAUUGUUUGUGUAUGUCAACAGCGCAUUCUCCCCGAACCCUGAUGAAUCUGUCAUCGACCUCUAUAAUAAUUUUGGUUUUGAUGGUAAACUAGUUGUCAAUUACGCUUGUUCGAUGGCGUGGGGCUGAUUCCAGGCGAUGGUUCACAGGUUCUAAACUAUUCUGAUUACAACUGUGAUUUGCAUUUGGAGUUUGCUCUCUAAAAUGACCGCCAUCUUAGUACUAUUUUAGAUUUUAUCUACCCCUUUAAUUGAUCAAUUAAAGAGAAAAGCGAAGAGAGAGACAAAGAGAACAUAGGAUAAAAGAAAUAUAGAGAUUGGAUAAAAGAAAAAGAAGGCGGGUUUUUCAUCUCUAACGUGUACGUGUCUUGUAUUUUGAGGGCGAAGGCAGGUUUUUCUUCCCUAAGCAAAGGGAACAUGGGAUGCUGCUGGUAGUAGAUUGAAGACUGAUCAGGAAUAUAGAGAUUGGAUAAAAUAAAAAGAAGAAAAAAAAACUGUGCGUUUGAUUGGUAGAUUCAUGUCAUUGUUCGUGACUCGUUACAGUAUUCUGAAUUAUGAUUUUGAAUUUAUGAACCAAACGUCCACUAAUAUUUGUAAAUUUUUACAGGACAUUUAGUUACCAAAAGGUUUGGAAUUGUGCAUAUCAUGGAUUUAAUAUUACUUAGGGGUUGUUCUUUUGUAACAAAAUUCAGAAAAAGUUGAAACUCAAGU